UCACCGGUCGCGAAAGUUUGGUCCGAGACUCGAGCCUCGCAGCCCAGCGCGGCGGCGCCGGGUGGGAGGCGCGGCGAGCUCCCCCGUCCCGGGCGCCAAGUGCGCCCCUCCCCGAGCCCGCCGGAGCUCCCGGCGCAGCGCGCGGGCUGCGCGGCCGCGGGUGUUCUGCUGGCGACGGGCCCGUGGCGAGCCAGGUUCCCGCGGCCGCGUGGUAGCAGGAGGCUGGAGCCCGGGUGGGAAGAAUGGAGCUGGCGUCUCGCUCACAGAUCCCUAAAGAAGUGGCUGACAUCUUUAACGCCCCCAGUGAUGAUGAAGAGUUUGUCGGUUUCCAAGAUGAUGUUCCCAUGGAAACCUUCUCAUCAGAAGAGAGCUGUGAUAGUUUUGACUCUCUGGAGCCAGGGAAACAGCAGGAUGUGCGUUUCCAUUCUAAAUACUUCACAGAAGAGCUAAGAAGAAUUUUUAUAGAGGACACUGACUCAGAAACGGAAGAAUUUGAAGGAUUUACACAGAAUGAUCUGAAUGUAAACAGUAACCCAGAAGUAAUGCUUGUGGAGUCAGAUUUGAGCGAUGCUGGUAAGGUGUCUUCAGCGAGUGAAGAAGAGGAGGAAGAAGAAAAGGCUACACCCAGGAGAAGCAGGCCGAGGAGAAGCAGUAUUGGUCUUCGAGUAGCCUUUCAAUUCCCCACCAAGAAACUGGCAAAAAAAUCUGAUGACAGUUCUUCUGAGCCGCUAUUUCCUAGCAAACGCGUACAGGACAAUAAAAAAGCAAUUCUUGGAAGAAAGAGAAGCUGCAGACAGGGGAAGGAAAGGGAAGAUUCGGUGUCUGAAUCUGAGGAUGACUCCAGGGAUGAGGGCCAGGAGAGCUCGGAUGCACUGCUGAAAAGGACCAUGAACAUCAAGGAGAACAAAGCCAUGCUGGCUCAGUUAUUGGCAGAACUGAACUCAAUGCCGGAUUUCUUCCCAGUACGAACCCCAAACUCAGCCUCUAAGAAGAGAACAGUGAGGCGGGCUUUCUCCGAGGGACAGAUCACAAGACGCACUAACCCCACCCGGAGUGCGCGGCCUCCCGAGAAAUUUGCCUUGGAGAACUUCACUGUCUCCGCUGCCAAAUUUGCAGAAGAGUUUUACAGUUUCAGGAGAAGGAAGACAAUUAGCGGGGGGAAAUGCCAGGCGUAUAGACGGCGUCACCGUGUAUCUUCCUUUCGGCCAGUGGAGGAUAUCACUGAAGAGGACUUAGAAAAUGUUGCCAUCACCGUUCGAGAUAAAAUCUACGAUAAAGUUCUGGGCAACACUUGCCAUCAGUGCAGGCAGAAGACCAUCGACACCAAGACGGUGUGUCGGAACCAGGGCUGCGGUGGGGUCCGAGGACAGUUCUGUGGGCCGUGCCUGCGGAAUCGCUACGGGGAGGACGUGAGAUCUGCACUGCUGGACCCGGAUUGGAUGUGUCCUCCCUGCCGUGGGAUCUGCAAUUGCAGUUACUGUCGCAAGCGCGAUGGCCGCUGUGCCACAGGGAUCCUCAUUCACCUAGCCAAGUUUUACGGUUACAAUAAUGUUAAGGAAUACCUGGAGAGCUUACAGAAGCAGCUGGUAGAAGAUGAUUAAGAACAAAACCAGCCACCUCACCGUAAAGAACUCUAGCAACAUAUGCCAUCCCACGGGUGCCUACGAUUUUUUCCAGUUGUGUUUUUAUACAGAAGUUGUUCGUAGAUCUAAAUACUAUUUUUUUAAGAUUGUUUAUAUGCUUGAAAAGGUUUCUCAGGAAGACGGCAAAGCAGAGGAAUCUAUUUACAUAUAUCCACGGGCCCCUAUGCGUAGUGAGUGGUUUUAAAAGCAUCUGCAUAUGACAAAAACACAGCUUAAAUGGGGUGGAGUUAAAGUCCAGGUAAGUUCCAGGGCAAACGUUGCGUAAGCAGCUCUUGCCUUUGACACUGUUUGGUGCCUUGAUCUUUACCUCCCAGGCAGUGACCACAGUUCAGACCAGGUAGUUAGUGCUUCUCUGGGUCAUUGGAAAUUUAUGUUAAAGAAAGAAUGUUCUCUUAAAUUACAAAGUGCAAUUAACCCAUAGAUCUUGAGUACUAGAGUUUUAUUUUUAUUAAAAGUCACCUGUCACGUUACCGACACUGGAGUUCUGGGGACACUGCUGGCCGGCAGGACCGUCUGCCUCUUCCUUCAGGAUUCACUUGCUGCCUGAGGUCAGGGGCUUCUAGGUUUUUGUAAUUUAAAAAGAUUUUGUUUAUGUGCAAGAACUCAAAUCCCACUUGCUGAUGGGGAGACCGUUAAGGACGGUGUUUAAGCAAAAUUAAUGCACAUGUAAGUUACUUAAAAAUUCCAGAAGCUGGAGUGUGUUUUAUGGCUCUCAGUAAAUUAAUGUGUGCGGCCCCCCCGGCCAAGGCCUGUGUUGUCCGAGCCUGAGGGGCCAUCUCAGGCUUCCAGCAGCAGGGCCACGCCUGCCAGGACCCAUUUGGCCACCUUGUCUUUGCUUUUCAAUCUGAAGGUCCACACGUAGGUUGGGCCCCUCAUUUUGGUUUUGUACACCGGGCAUUCAUAGGUGUGUUUAGUUUCCUGUCUGUCUGUGGGUAUGGCUUUUGCAAAGAUAACCGGCAUCACAGAUGUUAACUCCUUGAGGCAGGCAUCAGCAAUGGUUCCUGACUGUGUGUCCCAUCUGGCACCUAUAGCACAAACACAAGGAUUGCAACAGUGUGGUGUGUUGGAAGCAAUAAAUGUUCAGUUUUGUCGUUA